AUGGCGACGCCUAUGGAUGACUGGGGAAGUAAUACUCAUCUUCCGCAGCGACUACGAGAUGAGCUUGCUACCUUUCCUGAACUGAGUGAUAAUCAAGUAUCACCAGAAACACCAAGUCCUUCCCUGCAGCCUGAUAACUCUACUAAUUUAUCUCAUGUCUUUACUGAAUAUCCUGCGGGGUAUAAGAUCUCUCAAAAGCCUCUCACUGGAGGAUUUGACCGUGUCCGAUUUAUCGCAUACACCCAGGCAGUCCCGGAAUACCCAAUAACCCACCCUGAGGGUGUUGCCUAUAUCGUUGAUAUCCGGCACCUACCAGAAGAUGAUGUGAAGAUCGCAUAUGCUGAUGUACAAUAUGGGAAUGAUGUGACUGAGAGUCUCUGGGACCGUCUUUACGAUGACCGCGAGCGAGUUCUAGCCGCAAGAGCUCGCGUUGCCGCCUCUGAUCGUCUACGGAUAUCAACCUACAACAUAUUUCUUGAACAGAAAAGUCGCUACCAGGAGAUAUGUGGCACGCAAUGCGAGGGUGGACAAAUGGUGCUACGCCAAUUUCAAGAUGGAUCUGGAUGGUUUAUUGGUUGUAGCCAGUUCUUUCUUCAAAGGAGCAGGAGACACCUAUUUUUCAAGCUACCAACCCUUGAAGGACUGGACAUUGAUUACUUAAGGGACCUUAUUCUUAACAAUGCCGAACCUCCACUUAUCACUAACCAGGACUGCGAGACACUUCUUGCUCCUAGUAGCCGCCUGACAGCUUGUGGUGCACAUGGACCUGACAUGAUCGAAGUCCAGGGCUGUGAGGUUAAAACUAUGGUAAUCAAACCAAAGAACCUUACAGCACUACCGCUUAUUGUCUACGCAUCUUGGGGCACACAUUCACAUCCACCACCACCAAUGACAAAGACCCCACAUCAUAUUGUGUCUAGUGUGCAAGAUCUUAUCAGAAAGGUCGACCAGCGACAGAUUACUCAUGGGCGAUUUAUUCGCAGCGAUGUUGUCAGAGAUUUCCUCGCACGCUACCAGUUACCAAAUUUCGCAGCCCUACACCCUUCACUUGGAUGUCGCGAUAUGCUUCUAGGUACCUACCUUGAAUAUCUUCAGGAAUCAUCAUCUCCUUGUGAGAUGUAUAUCCAGGAGAUGUACACCAACGGCAACAACAUACGGAUUAUCUGCUUUACCCUAGCGCAGGCCCAGUAUUGGGCUAAAAUCCAUUUCUUCCAGAUGGAUAUGACCUUUAAACGGGUUGCAGGGAAUAUCAAUGAGGUUGUUUUUGUCACUAAGGACGACACUCUUGGACAAGUGAUCGUGCUCGCACGUGUCUUUGUCAAUUGCGAUUCUACUGAGAUGUAUUUUGAACUGUUUAAAGCACUCUUUCAGAAGAUCGCAGAGGUAGCUCGGUCUCCGGUCCAAUGGCAUCAUAUCCAUCGGAAUGGGAUCCAGGCGGUCAUUGUGGAUAUGUGUGCUAAGCAAGCAAGUGGCUUCGGGCACUAUCUUACAACAAUCGAUCCAACCCGGACAUGGCAACAACACGUGCAGUCUAUCUUCUUGUACUGCCAGGUGCACUUCCAACGAAAUCUGAAUCGGUUCCGCAGAGCUCCUGAUUACCACCUGAUGAAAUCAAUCCUUACUGUUCCCUCCCAAGAGGGCUGUAUGAGGAUCCUAAACGGUCUUAAAGGCUCCUUAACACCUGGUGUUACUAGUUGGGCUACACAUAAGAUCCGUCCAUGGAUUCUUUCAGGUCUAAACCCCGCCUUCUCACUGAUGCCUACCAGUCACUUCAAGAAGUUUCCAAAACAUACCAAUCUUACUGAAGGACUGCAUGCCACAACUAAUCGGAGUGGCAUUCAAAUUCAACUUCGCCCAGCAAUUCAGGAGUCUCACCAAUCAGAUCUUCGGUCUUUUGAGGAUCUCCAUCGCUAUUCUCGCUUUGGUGUGCGUCCAACUCAUGCAGUUACAACACCAACUUCUCGCUCUGCGACUCGUCCGCGACAAGUCACGCCACCAGAGAAUCUUGAGGUUAAUACUCAAACCCUACUGCAGACACCAGUUCCAUCCUCCGAGCAGAGCUAG